AGUAAAUAAAAGGUCAAUAUAGGUAAGGGAGAUAAAUCUACUUUAUAAUGGCAACAAAAUCUCUUGGAUUCGUUUCUGUAAAAUCUCCAUAGAGAAUUGAAAGAAAAUUCUGAAACUAACCAAAGCAAAACAUGGAUCACAAUUUGAAUCUUGAUAGAAACAUUUAAACACAUAGGAUAUGGAGGGAAAAAUUGACAAUGUUUUGUUAGCCCAGUCCUAUGAAGAACAAUCUCAUGAAUCCUCUUGUACAUCUUACUCUAAUCCUAAUUUUUCUCUUGAACUGAGAAAUGUGAUGACAAAUGAUAUUGGGGAAAGGAUGAACAAAGUUAUUUCACCCCAAGCUAUAAAAGAAGAAACUGACACAUUGCAUUUAGAGUCGGAAAAUUAUGAAAUGAAAGAAAAAUAUAAUGCCUUGUUUGAUUCGCAUUGCCAGAUGAAUUCUACAAGACUAGAGAAAGAAAAACAUUUGUUAAAAGAAGAAAAUGUAGAUAUACAAGAUGAACAAGAAGAAACAGUUGACAAUGAAGGAAGGAAGGUUUGUUCUCCUGAAGGAAAUCAAGAGAUUUAUAUAGACACCAAGAAAAUGAAAUUCCAAUGUGAAUUUUGUAUGAAAAUGUUUAAAUUCGCUUCACCAUUAAAAUCACAUCAAAGGGUCCAUACAGGUGAAAAACCAUUUAAAUGUCAACUUUGCCCCAAAGAAUAUGCCUCCUUAUCAGGUUUAAAAACACAUCAGCUGCUCCAUACUGGUGAAAAGCCAUUUAAGUGUCAUCUAUGUCAGAGAGAAUUCUCUCUACUUCCACGUUUAAAAAAACACCUCCUGAUUCAUAUUGAUGAAAAACCAUUUGAAUGUCAAAUAUGUCUAAAAUCAUUUACAACCUGUUGUAAUCUAAAAACACAUCAGCUGGUCCAUACAGGUGAAAAACCAUUUAAAUGUCAAAUAUGCCCGAAAGAAUACUCAUCCUCUGCAGGUUUAAAAAUGCACAAGGUGUUCCAUACUGGGGAAAAACCAUAUAAGUGUCAAAUAUGUCACAAAGCCUUUUCUCAGUCUUCAGUUUUAAAAACACACCUUCUGGUUCAUACUAAUGACAAAUCUUUUCAAUGUCCAAUAUGUCUGAAAAUAUUUUCUUCGUAUCCAAAAUUAAAAAGACAUCUUGUAGUCCAUACAGGUGAAAAAGCUUGUACAUGUCAAAUAUGUCUGAAGGUAUUUUCUACUUUUUCAGUUUUAAAAACACAUAUGAUCCUCCAUUCAGGUAAAAAACCAUUUAAAUGUGUAUUAUGUCAGAAAACAUUUUCUCAGAUUUCAAGUUUAAAAAAACACCUUCUGGUUCAUAUUGGGGAGAAACGAUAUAAAUGUCAAAUAUGCUUGAAAUAUGCUUCAAAAUCUUCAAAGUUAAAAAGACACGGUGGUGAUGAACCAAUCAAAUGUCGGUUAUGCCUGAAAGCAUUUACAGACUCAUCAAAUGUAAAAGCAGGUGUACAGGUUAAAAAACAUUUAAGUGUGAAAUAUGCCUAAGGGUUUUUUUUAUUUAAAACAUUCCCGUCACAUCAUUGUUCACAUUCAUACUUUGGGAAUAAACAAAGAGAUCUGUUUCAUACAUCAAUAUUAAUAAAGAAACAAUGCGUUCAAUCUCGCCAAACAUGCUACUGACCCCCCCCCCCCCCCUUUACAUUUCUACUUCUGAUCAGCUUUUUGCUGCUGAGCUCUAGGCACUUUUACAGUCUUGUGCUAAAGAAACUAGCGUGUUGUAUUUUACAGUUGUUCAGCACUACCGUUCAGAGUGUUGGUUGUAAUGGACUGUAGUGGUAGUAGGGUCUUGCCUAAGGUGGAUUAAAAUGAGACAUUCAAAGAUGAUAUAAUUCACAGUUUUGUAAGAGUGGCUGCAGUUUCUACAAAGAAUGGGUGAAUUCUGUUAAGGUGAUAGCUUUAAAGUCUGUUUCCUGUUCUUAGUUGGAUGAUUAUAGAUUGCUCUUCACGGGGGAGGAAAUUAAUACUAUCCAGUUUGUUUGGCUGGUCAUUUCUUUGUACUCUGCAUGUGUUUCCUGAUGCUUUUUGGUGAUUACUCUCUCUGUAAUGAGAUUGAGGUAGUUUACUGGUCUGUCUGGUUGUGAAGUGGGAAAUCACUGAUAGGAUGUGUGACAUCAAUGAUCCAUGUAGGUAGGAACAAUGUUAUAUUAACUAACAUUUAGUUUAAUAAGUUUUGAACUAAUCUUAUUAGCAAAUUUAGGCCUAAAUAAGUUAGUUUUCUAAAGCUGCAAGAUGAAUCUUAAGUGUGAUAAACAGUUUCUCUUGGUCUGGUAUCACUUCUGCGUCAAUUUAGUCCCAGAAUUAAUAUAAUCAUCAAUAAUUAACUAAUCAAAGUUCCAUCCUUUUUAUUUUAUUAAAAUCAUAGGGAUCCAUACGGCGAUUCACUAUCUUCUGUUAUAUAUGGCUUCUGUCUUGGAAGACAAUGGAUUCACUUGCUUCUAUAAUAUCCAGUACCGGGAUGACCGAUCCUAGCUCGGUUCUAAAAUGCAUUUAAUUUAUUACUUACUGAAAUUUGGUUGAAACAAACAUGACUACAUUCAAUGGAUUUUUAAAAAUAUAAUACACUGUCGUAAAGUAUUUAGUGGACAAUCGAAGAGCAGGACCAUGUGUUCAUAAUUGCAACAGAUUUAAAGGUUAUACAAGUUGAUUUUCUUUUAAUUAGGAAUUACAUUUUGAUGGCAAUAAAAGGAAAAUGAAAUGAAAUAAUUCUAACUUCAAUUAAAAGAAGCUUUUUGGUCACCAUAAUUUGUUGAAUAAUAUAAAAUUACAAUCUUUCUCAAAUGGCAUUAAUUAGAUGUAACCAAAAAACAAACAACAGAUGGCAGUUAUAAUGUGAAAACCUUUAGUUACUAAAGAAGAAUUAAAAAAAAAACAACAUUAGAUGUAACCAAAAUAAAAAAAGACAGUGCAAUUAUAAAGUAUAAAAGAUUAAAUGAUUUUAAUUCAUUGAGGAACGUUAAAUAGAUCUAUAUUGAAUAUAAAUAUUAAUAGAAUAUUUUUAUUUCUACCAUUUUACUUUCACUUCAAGACAUUAACUUGAAUAGAAACUUGCUUACACACAUUCAUCUCAUAGUGAAACAGACACACUAACAAGAUAUAAUGUCAGCUAUGUAGUCAUCAAUUUAUAAAGUAAAAUUACAUUAAGCAUUACUGUAAAAGUCCUAAUGAUAUUACUCACACAAUUGACUACUUUAUAGAAUGUUUAGAAUUUAGCCCUUUACUAAUAGUGAAUAUAAGCCUAGAAAAAGAACUGAACUUGCACAGCUAAAGAAUUUUUUUAAUCUUUAUUUAAAAGACAUUUCAUUACUUUACUUAGAAAUGCUAGCAAUCUACUGGAUUGCUUGACUUUUAUCUCAUUCCCAUUGCUUAAUAAAAAUCAGUCAAUGCAUGAUCAAGGCCUUUCAAACAAAUAUCAUAAAUAACAUUGUUUGUGGCUAAGAAGGCAAAAGAACUAAUGGCACAAAGAGAUACAUAGCAUUAUUAAAAAGAACAUAUAAUAAAUGUAAUCGUCAUACAUAAACCAUUUUUACCUAAAUGUAAUGACAAUACAUAAUACUUGGUUACUUCAAUGUAAUGAUAAUAGAUAAUACUUGUAAUAACCAUACAUUCUUCAUGGUUACAUAAAUGUAAUGACCAUACAUACAACUUGUUUACUUGAAUGAAAUGACCAUACAUAAUACUUGGUUAUCUAAAUGAAAUGACCAUACAUAAUACUUGGUUAUCUAAAUGUAAUGACCAUACAUAAUACUUGGUUAUCUAAAUGUAAUGACCAUACAUUCUACUUGGAUGCUUAAAUGUAAUGACCAUACUUUCUACUUGGAGGCUUAAAUGUAAUGACCAUACAUACUACUUUGAUACUUAAUUAUAAUGACCAUACAUACUACUACUUGGAUACUUGAAUGUAAUGACCAUACAUAAUACUUGGAUACUUAAAUGUAAUGACCAUACAUACUACUUUGAUACUUAAUUAUAAUGACCAUACAUACUACUACUUGGAUACUUGAAUGUAAUGACCAUACAUAAUACUUGGAUACUUAAAUGUAAUGACCAUACAUACUACUUGGUUACCUAAAUGUAAUAAGCAUACAUAAUACUUGGAUAUUUAAUUGUAAUAACUUAACAUAUCACUUGGAUAGGCUACUUGAAUCUAAUGACUGUACAUACUACUUGGAUACAUGAAUGUAAUGACCAUACAUAAAACUGUGUUACUUAAAUGUAAUUACCAUCAGUAAUACUUGGUUAUCUAAAUUUAAUAAUUAUACAUGACACUCAGUUACUUAAAUGUAAUGGUAUUAGAAAAAAAAUGGAUAUUUAACUGUAGUAUUAAACAAAUACUACAAUACCCAAGAGUUUCCUAGAGAACAAAAAUAAAUUUAUAAAAAAAAUAUAAUGUUGGUACAAAAAAGAUUUGAUUCAUGAACAAAAUACAUUUUGAGAAGUUUCACCAAAUGUUCACUAUUAUUAGAUCACUUUUGAUCUCUAUGAUCUCCAUUUGUUUCAAUGCAUCGAUUUUGUAGAAAAAUGUAAGACAUAUUUUUGUUUUUUAUCUGAUCUACUAAAACUGUUCUUUGGUAAACAUAUUCAAGCACUAAAGAACUCUACUUCUCCAGACAUAAAUUGUAGGGCUAGAGUGGAUUAUUAUUGUUUUAUAAUAAAGGUAUGUAAUAUCCAAAGAGAUAAAACAUAAACAAUUAGGUCUGUGGAUCUUGCAGUUAGACACGCCUUAGGUACAUUAUCAAAUCUUCCUUGAGUCAGAUGAACGCUGGUCAUAGAGAGUCUAACAUUGGUUCUAAGCCACGGUGCUAGCAUAGCAAUGUCUAAUGAGGACUCACAUCUCUGCUUCCCACUACCACUUGCUAUCCAGUACAUCAAUUCUCCGGUACAAACAGGCUGUAAUAGGAAUAUCCAAAUUAAUCUUAAUUUGUGUUUUUCUUAUAAUAAAAUUUCAAACAAUAAUUAUAUUUGUAUUUUAAAUUGAUUUGCCGACAUAAAAUAAAAGGUCGAAGUUACAUAUCGUUCUGAUGUUGACUAACAAAUAGUUGUAUUUUAAUGCUUAAAAAAUUUUAGAACUCAAAGUUUGAACUCUAUGAUGUUCAACCUAUUCAUAGCGAAGUUUAUUAUCAAACAUAGUGCAAAAACUGUUGGGAUUACUUUACCCAUACCACCGUAGCAUUGAAUUGCAUAUUAUAUUUCAGCAUUAGAAUGAGUUGAUCUCAAGUUGAGAAUAUGGACGUUUUACAGCUAAUACAAUCCCUAUUUCCAAUCCACGUUUUUCAAAUGAAAAAUGUUUUAAGCCUUAUUCUAGAUACCUAUUGGAAAGUGUUAUUUAUAAAUAAUUAUAAGACAAUACCUAUGUAUCUAGCUUCUAGUAAAGUAGGUAAGUUUUGUCUCUCCUAAUACUAACCUUCUUUAUCUUAGUUCAACACUACCUUCCACACAACGUUCCGGGUGUAAUUUGCGUUGUCUCGGGGAAGAAGGACUUUCAAACAACUUUGUCGUUUCACUCUUGAAAAGGCCACAUACAGCAUACCAUGCAUAAAGACUGGGACCCUGAGAUCAACUCCAACGAACUGGAAUGUUUGACCUUGUGAUUUGUGGACUGUCAUGGCGAAAGCAGGGGUCACAGGAAAUUGAUGACGCUGCAUUGUGCAUCCAAGUUUCCCCUUACUGGAAUCUAGAGUGAUUCUGGGAAUGUGAACUGCCUUUCCAAAGUAUUCGCCAGUUAGAAUCUUAGCAAUAAUUAUGUUGUUACACAGUUCAGUGACAAUGAGCCUUGUCCCAUUUCAGAGUCCUUCUGAAACAUCCAAGAUCCUAAGUAGCAUGAUAAUUGUGUGUUUUUUUUUAGUUUUAGUUUGUGUGGAGGCAAAUCAGCGAUGUCUAUGGAAUUUAAAAAUUCUGUGGUAAAUUGAAGUGUACCUUCUGACAUAUCCUUGAUUGAAUCAAAGCUAAAAUAGACUUUUUCCUCUCCAGGUAAUCUGUCUAUAAGCUCAAAAUCCGUCUCUUCUUCAUCAACUCUCAUAUUUCUGGUUAAUCGAAAUAUUUUAAAAUGUCUCCAGAAGUCACUCUUUUUAAGGGAUACAUCUAAAAGCUCACUUCUGUUAGCUCGUGGCUGAAUUGGAAGACAUUGCCGGAAGUCGCCCCCCAAAACUAUUGUUUUUCCUCCAAAAGGCUCUUUUGAAUUGCCGAUUGCUCUUAGUAGCUGGUCUAUGGUAGAAAGUCCGUAUUUUGGCAGCAUAGGGGCCUCAUUCAUUAAAAAUACAUCAACUUCCGCUAACUGAGCAGCUUUCAUUGAUCCUAGCUUUAUGUUUGAAACUGAUUCAGGUGUAAGGGGCACACUGAGGCCAAAUGUGUUGUGUGAGGUACAUCCAUUAGGCAAAAUAAUUGAUGCUAUUCCUGUAAAUGCCAUACAUUUCACAUUGAAAUUUCGACCCCGUAGAAUGUGAUAAAUAGUCUUGUACACAAACAUUUUUCCAGUGCCCCCAGGUCCAUGAAUAAAAAACAUCUUGGUCCAGAGUUAUGACUUGUGACAGCAUCGAGAAUGGUAUUCACUAUGUCAAGCUGUUUCCCUUUUAUGAGUCCAUACAACCGUUCCCCUUCCAGUAUUGAGCAGUCUUUGUUAAGCUUAUCCACAUUUAAAUGGUUAUUGACAAAGUCAAUGUUGUCCAUGCCAAAGGUGUUGACCCAUUACUGAAAAUCUCUGCCUUCUGUGGCUUCGGUAUUUAAUGUGGAGGCGAUAAUUCGAUAGGUAUGAUUUAUCGCGUCUUCCACUCGGCCACCUGUGCGUUCAUUUUCUAGAAGAAAAUCUUCAGCCAGAUUUGCUUGAAACAUUUCCCAAAGUCUUUUUGGAUUUUCUGGAGAUUCAAAUAUUAAAAUCUGUGUAAAUAGCUCAUUGCUCUAGGCGUUUUUGACAUGGCCGAUUCCUGCAGACCAUCUAUCCACUGUUGGUCAUCUUAGGCAAGCCCUCGAGCCAGACGUGCUUGCUUGAACGUGGCAUGUCUGAUACCAUUAAACUUAAGAAGGUCGUCAAAACUUGUAGGGUCAUUGACGUGGUACAGAAGCAUCCUGAGAUGGUAUAAUUCUGGCUGGGCAGCAAAAUUAACGCUGUGGAUACGACCAAUAACACUGAUUUGUCGAAGCGUCUCAACCCAUUCACUCUACCUUCCGAUCCAUUUAAAAUGUUCGGGCAUCUGCCAAUAAAAGUGGUAAAUAAUUUCUUCAUCUAUUCCAGCAAGACGGUUAGCUUUUUCUUUUUGCUUCUUGGUAGCAUUGGUUUUGAAAUAAGACUCCAAUGUGGAUUCCUUAAUGCCAGUAUCCGCCAGAUCCUCCAGCACAUUCACAAUGUCUGACAUUCGGUAGUGACCAGGAAGAUGUAUGUCAAGACGUUGCACUACAUGGCUCUUCUUCUGGAGUUCAUUCCCAGAUAAACGCCAGCAAGCCUCCGGUGGUGUGAUGCAUCGCCAUUCAAUAUACGUGUCUGGUUCAUUAUAAUUUUUUUUUGCUCCUCCACAAUUUUAAUAUAGGCGCAGUCAUGUCCUUUGUAAAUAUAUUUGUAUAAAUAUUUCACUGCUCUAAUGCUUCCAACAAAUUCAACGUUUAUGUGGCAAUUGAAUAGUUUCAGCAAAUAUGCAUUGUAAGGAGCCACGUGGCGGUUGUCUCGGUUAUCUUUCUACCAGACUUGUCUUUUCGGUAGACAGCUAGUUCGUGAGAAAAUUCAGGUCUCUGCUGGUCCAGUCUGGAAUCAUACCGACGUCUUAAUUUUGGUUUUUCGUCGUCAACCAGGGAUGUUGUUUCUUGAAAAGGUUUGGGGAAAUCGAAACGGCAAUGAAUUUUUCCAUUGUGGUUUUUCAUGCAUGACGCAUUUAAGUCAUGUUCACCGCAAGGAUUAUGGAUCAUCCAUUUCAAUACUAGGAUCUGUGUUGUCUGGGAUCUCAGCAGAAAUUAAAUCAUCUAGCUCAUCAGGAUUGUGCACUUUGUCUUCCGAUCUCAUUAUUAGUAAAAGAUGCAUGUGAGGGAGACCACGCUUUUGAAAUUGAAUUGUAUAAACAUAGGCUGCUACUUUCCCAAAGAUUUGUUUCUUGUACAAUUCCUCAAUAAUGGUUUCAAACUUCAGCUUGGCUACUCUCGCAACGAGAUCAGGACGAUCUUGAGCUCGCUGCUGAAUAACAAAUCCUUCCUCGGUAACAAUGCGGGCAGCUUCUUUAAUUUCAGGCCAUUCCGGAUUACAUGUCAUGGUUAUAAAGAAGUCUGGUGAACCGAAGCGUAUUACUAUAGCCAUGGCGUCUUCAAAUUGUUCAGCAUAGUAUCGUGUUGAGCCUGGGAAGGAGGAUGGUAAAAUGAUGGUUUCACUAACAACAGCAUCUUUUUUUUCAGCCAGUUCUUCAAGAAAGUUAGACACUCCUAUGUAUUUUUCAGCCAGAAUCUUUUUUUGGUUGGACUUGAUCCACUGGAUGCGAUCGCGUUCGACUCUAAUAAAUGUGUCAACCAGAUACUGCUGAAACAGUCGGCCACCAAAAUGUAGUGCGUUGAAUUGUGUUUCACAUAGAUCUAGACAGGUUCGAUCUUUUUCAAGUGGAAGAUUUUUGGUGAGUCCUUUGCGAUAAGCAAUACGGUAUUGUGCCAUUUUUAGUCUUGUUAGAUGCUGCCAACUGGGAUAAGGCUGUUGUAGGUGCCUUUAGGAUAAAAUAAUGGAUAUGUGAAGUGCUCUGUUCGUUUGUCUGUGUUCUUUAAAGUAACUAUUUCUUUGCCUCGCUGAUGUACAGCCAUUUUAUUAGCUUGAAUGCUUUGAUCAGCAUUCAGUGUCAGCACAGCACAUACUUCAUUGGAUGAGGGGACAUUGUAGCGCCUGAUAUCAUCAACCAUCAGGAUUAGUAAACAAAAGUCGAACAUGUGGAGGUGCAAUUCCUUUUGCUGAUGCAAGUUGUCUAGUUUCUGUCUCCACUUCUCUCAUCAUUUUAAAUGCUUGAUCGAAACAAUUGACGGCGCGAAUGAUUUUCUCCAAUCUAUUCACUAAGUCUUGGUUGAUGUCACUAUUGUAUGGAUGUUGAAUUCUUUCAUUCACAGCAUCGUCGGGAUCCAGAAAGUAGAGCUGACCAUAUUGUGGUCUUUCGUAGUCACCAUUUGGAUUUUGUGUUGGAUAUUCUGUUGGAGACUCAGUUUCCAGUCGCUGUGAAGCUCUUCGUCUCAAGUCGUCAAGUCGCUUAGAAAAUUCUAUGGGAGUUUCAUUUUCAUAUCGUCUUGAAGUUCGUUGUUGCAUGUCGUCAAGUCACUGAGAAUAUUGUGCGCAUAUUUCCGCUUGAAGUCGCUGUGAAGCUCUCUGUCGUAGAUCCUCAAGUCGCUGAGAAUAUUGUGCGCAUGUUUCCGCUUGAAGUCGCUGUGAAGCUCUCUGUCGUAGAUCCUCAAGUCGCUGAGAAUAUUGUGCGCAUGUUUCCGCUUGAAGUCGCUGUGAAGCUCUCUGUCGUAGAUCCUGAAGUCGCUGAGAAUAUUGUGCGCUUGUUUCCGCUUGAAGUCGCUGUGAAGCUCUCUGUCGUAGAUCCUCAAGUCGCUGAGAAUAUUGUGCGCAUGUUUCCGCUUGAAGUCGCUGUGAAGCUCUCUGUCGUAGAUCCUCAAGUCGCUGAGAAUAUUGUGCGCAUGUUUCCGCUUGAAGUCGCUGUGAAGCUCUCUGUCGUAGAUCCUCAAGUCGCAUAGAAUAUUGUGCGCAUGUUUCCGCUUGAAGUCGCUGUGAAGCUCUCUGUCGUAGAUCCUCAAGUCGCUGAGAAUAUUGUGCGCAUGUUUCCGCUUGAAGUCGCUGUGAAGCUCUCUGUCGUAGAUCCUCAAGUCGCUGAGAAUAUUGUGCGCAUGUUUCCGCUUGAAGUCGCUGUGAAGCUCUCUGUCGCAGAUCCUCAAGACGCUGAGAAUAUUGUGUGCAAGUUUCCGCUUGAAGUCGCUGUGAAGCUAUCUGUCGCAGAUCCUCAAGUCGCUGAGAAUAUUGUGCGCAUGUUUCCGCUUGAAGUCGCUGUGAAGCUCUCUGUCGCAGAUCCUCAAGACGCUGAGAAUAUUGUGUGCAAGUUUCCGCUUGAAGUCGCUGUGAAGCUAUCUGUCGCAGAUCUUCAAGUCUCUGAGAAUACUGUGUGCAAGUUUCAACUUUAAGUCAUCGUGAAAUUCGAAGUCGCAGAUCCUCAAGUUUCCUUAAACGCUUUUCAGAAUUUUCUAGUUUGACGAUAUUUCUAAUAACUGCAUUUGCUCUAGUUGAAGCUUCUCUGGGAUUUGUCGUAGUUAAAGGCUGGUGAUUCACUGGAGACUGGCAAUUUAUUGAAGUUGAAGGCUGGUGAUUUAAUGAAGACUGGCAAUUUAUUGAAGUUGAAGGCUAGUGAUUUACUGGAGACUGGCAAUUUAUUGAAGUUGAAGGCUGGUGAUUUAAUGAAGACUGGCAAUCUAUUGAAGUUGAAGACUGGUGAUUCACUGGAGACUGGCAAUUUAUUGAAGUUGAAGGCUGGUGAUUUAAUGAAGACUGGCAAUUUAUUGAAGUUGAAGGCUGGUGAUUCACUGGAGACUGGCAAUUUAUUGAAGUUGAAGGCUGGCGAUUCAUUGAAGACUGGCAAUUUAUUGAAGUUGAAUCCCGUUCAUGUAAAACCAAAGAAAGGCGAGGGACUUUAGCUGAAUCAGCGUUGUUGUUUCCUUCUCUAGAUUUUUGGUUGAAGUUGAAUAACUGACGUUUUCUUGGCCGCGGUAUCUUCCUAAUAGCAAUGGAUUAAAUUGGUUUUUUAUUUGUAAAAAUAUAAUUGGUAUACUAUAUUACACUACUGAAUAUUAAAAUUCCGAAUAAUAACGUUAUGUCAAUAAAUAUUAACUUCAUAACAAUUAAUUAAAAUAAUAAAUAAUAAUGCUUAUAUAAAUAAUAAAUAAUAGUAUUAGUAGUAAUAGUAUUAAAAUGUGUGCAUUACAUGAAACAAAACAUUAGAGCUAUAGCAAAUGAAAUGGACGUUCACACCAAUUCCACUCAAGAAUUUCAUGUGAACAUUUCUAUCCCAUAGAUGGAUUGUAUUUACUCAUUUGAUUUAACUGUUUAGUGGCCAAUAGCUAGAUUAGUUGUUUUGUGGCCAAUAGCUAGAUGAGCUGUUUUGUGUAGCCAAUAGCUAGAUAAGCUGUUUUGUGGCCAAUAGCUAGAUGAGCUGUUUUGUGGUCAGUAGCUGGAUGAGCUGUUUGGUGGCCAAUAGCUAGAUGAGCUGUUUUGUGGCCAAUAGCUAGAUGAGCUAUUUUGUGGCCAAUAGCUAGAUGAGCUGUUUUAUAACCAUUCCCAACAAACAAAAGAAACGGUAUCAUGUUGCUGCUUAAGGAUCAGUCACCAUCCUCUAGAAAUCUUAUUUAUUUAACCCCACAGAGGUAGAAUUAUACAAUCGAAGGCCUAACGUCAUACAGCCGUUGGGCCUUCGAAUGAGAGAACCCAUCCAAAAUUUAACCCCACCCAUUGACCAAAUCUCUAAAAUAGAAACCCCUCAGAAUCCUCCUUGGCUAAUGAAUAAACCUAAAUUAAAUUUAUCCCUCCUUAAUUUCAAAAAAGAAAAUACAGACCCAAGCAUACUACAAGUCCACUUUAGGGAACUGCAGGAGAGCUACGGAGAUUGUGGCACCAUCUACACAGACGGAUCCAAAAUGGAGGGAAAGGUCGCGUGUGCCUGCUCCUUUCGGAACAAAACAAUCUCCCGUAGACUCCCCGAUGGCUGCUCCAUCUUUACGGCCGAAUUGCAUGCAAUAUUGCUUGCACUUAUGGCCGUAAAAGCAUCAGAAAGGAGUAAAUUUAUAAUCUGCUCCGACUCCAAAUCUGCAUUGCAAGCUUUGGGGCGGAUGAAGACUGACAUCCCAUUGGUACAUAAGAGCCUGAAGCUGUUGGACCUAAUAACAGCCGACCGUAGGGAUGUCACCUUCAUCUGGGUCCCCUCCCAUGUUGGCAUUGAGGGAAACGAAGCCGCAGACAGAGAAGCAAAGAGAGCCCUAAAUCAUGCGGUGUCAGGAACCCAAAUUCCCUACUCGGACCUGAGACAAAGUAUUGCCUCUGCCACCUAUCGAGAGUGGCAGAACCGAUGGGAGGCUGAGACUCACAGUAAACUCAGGCAGAUUGUGGCGGAUGUCAGGUGGCGGCCCACAUCUAAGGGUCUGACAAGGCGUGGUAGCACAACCAUGUCCAGACUUAGGAUUGGCCACACCUACAUCACGCACUCUUUUGUACUGAAGAGAGAGGAGCCCCCACUUUGCGAGUACUGUGACUCUCGCCUCACCGUGGAACAUAUCCUCGUUGAUUGCCCCAGAUACCAGGAUGUCAGGGUGAAACAUUUUAGAGCCACUAAUCUAAAAACACUAUUUAAUAAUGUCGACCCUGGGAAGGUACUGGGCUUUAUUCGGGAAGUGGGGCUAUCUACGAAGAUCUGAUUUCUGAAUUUGUGAACAUGCACUAUUUACAUUAGAUUUUUACCAAAUAUUUAAAUUUUUACUACCUUUACUAUUUUAACUGUGAAUAGACCUUAAUUUUAAUUAUAUUACUGUAUAGAAUCUGGCCCUUGUUGUUUAGAGAGAGAGUAGUCCUUAGGGGACUGCAGGCACGACAUGGCCUAAAUUGUGCCGAUGUGCCUCAAAUCAACAAAUCAAAUCAAAUCUAGAAAUCUUAUUAGCCUACGUCGUAAACCUCCAUCUAUUGUGCAAGAAUAAUGGCGAGCAACAUAGCAGUUGCAUCCCCUGAGAAUCUAGUUUUAAGUCUUGAAUCAAGAUCUAGAUCUAGACGUAGACUCCAGACUCUAAGUCCAUAAGGACCAUAUCUAUUCUAUUCAGCCUACAUUCUAGCUAAUUAAAGUUAUGCACAUAAAUCAAAUUCUUCUUUUAACUUACCUUAUUUAACAGGGAUGAAAUGUUUAGUUUGUAGAAACACUUGUAAACACUUGAGCUUCUUCAGAUAACCACGUGCUUGAUCAAUUGAUGUUCAGUUAAAAAUGAACGCAAACACUGUUGUAAACCUUCAACUACGGUGCGCAAAAUGUUGUGUCCAUUCAUUGAAACGCGAUAAAACUUGUUCCAAAGAAAUGCUGUAGUGAACGGCUGUAAGCCAGUGACGUAGGAGGUGUAAAGUUUUUUUCUUUUCUGCUGUGAGCCAAGUGACGUAAGCGGUGUCAAGUUUUUUUCCCAUUGACGUCAUAUAGAAAAUUUUCAUUCAUAAAAUAUUUUAGCCAAAAUUAAUUUUUCAAUAAUGAGACAUUUUCAAAUCGAUAUAACGGUCGACCUCGAGUUUUCCCGAUGUGGCCAAUGAGCUGAGAUUUUUGUUCUUAUUCAUAUACACCUAGAAAUUUUAAAGAAAAUCGUUAUAUAUAUAAAUAUAUAUACAUACAUACAAGAAUUGCUCGCUUAAGAGUAUAGGAUGUUAAUCGUAGCAUCUAGUUGAUAGAAGAAACAGGCCUAUCUGCAACUGACCUAACCCACCCAUGCCACAUAUGCGGCUGGCUUUUUUAAAACGAGGAUUCGACUUUACAGCCAUCUUCGAGUCCAUAGGAAAUGAGAAAUGUGCUCAUCUUCGGCCACGAAGGAGGAUCUAUAUAGAUAUAUUCUAGCUAUUUCCUCUUGUAACAUUCGUCUUAACGCCAUUGGUACAUUAUACAGCCGUAAGUUUACUGGUUUAUCAGAUGUAAGAACUUUUUUGAUGGAUUCUCUUUUGUUUUGCCAGGUGCAUCCGUGUGCAGUACAAAAUCUUUCAUGGCUUUUUCUACUUCCUUUAUCAGGGUUUCGUCUUAGCCCUCAUUAAUAGCUUCUGUUCUUUGGUCUCUCCAUUUCCAUGCAACAUUUCUGAAAAUUUGUAUUCGUCCAUUUCAUUAUUAAGGAUUUGCUUUAUUCUGUAACGGUCAUAUUCAUCAAUAACUCCACAAAUGCAACUGAAAAAAUGUUGGUCUUACAAUUAUUGUUGAAGACAUUAUUUUUAACUUCAACUAAAGUAUAAGAUUAUAUUAAUCUUCUUAAUAAUAAUAAUAAUAAUUUUAUUUAUAAAGCGCUGUUAACAAACAAAAUGUAGGCUCAAGGAGCUGUGAAAACAUACACACACAAACACGAGAGCUAAAAUAACAAACUAAUCUAAAAAAGUUUUAAACAGGUCUUAAUGCUCUUCUUGAAAGUGGUGUAACAUGUUGUCUGUCUGAUAUCAAUAGGGAGUGAGUUCAAACAUUUGGUCCGUGCACUGAAAAAGCCUGCAGACCGUAGCUAGAACUAGAAGCGUGUAGUCCAUUGAGCGCAGGGCUCUCUGAGGGACAUAUGGAGUAAUCAGUUCUCUAAGGUAGUAGGGCAUUUCUUUGUUGUAGAUACACUGAUGACAAAGUGUGGCCACCUUGCAGUUGAUUCUCGCUUUCACAGGAAGCCAAUGGAGCGUGCGAGAGUAGUGGCAGAAUCUCGUCUUGUUUUUUAUAGGUCAAUUUGUGCGGCGUUGUUCUGAAUACGUUGCAGCUUGGCUAUUUUGUCAUCGGGUAUACCUGCUAGCACGGCGUUGCAGUAGUCAAGGUGGGAGAGUAUAAAUAUGGUCGGAUAGGACUAACCUGCGCAGCUGCAGAUAAAGACCCUUUCAGAGCUGACUUAUGUAUGGAUCGAAAGAUAUUGUUGAAUCGAAGAAAACUCCAAGAUUCCGCACUAUAUGGACAUAAGGAACCUGGCAGUUCGUGAUAAAAAGAGAAUCUGUGCUCUCGACUUUUGAGACGUUGUUCCGACUGCCAAUCUUAAUUAUUUCUGUCUUGUCUUCGUUCAUCUUGAGUUUAUUGUCAACCAUCCAAUCGCUCACCCUUGCAACGGUACCACUGAUUUUCUCUGCCAGAUGCGACACCUCUGUGGAUACAUUUUACUGAGGAAUCGUAUAACUGUGAGUCAUCGGCAAAGAAAUGGUAUAAGGUGCCUGUUGGCUGUAUGACACCGCUGAGUGGAUAUGUAUAGGCCUACAUAGGGAACAGUACUGGGCCUAAAACUGAUCCUUGGGGUACUUCGUACUUCAAAAGUAACUUGUUGAUUCUGUCCCGUUAAUAACGACACUUUGGGUGCUUUCAGACAAGUAGGAUCCAAGCCAUUUUAGGACGAUUCCUGCUAAACGAAAAGUGGCAGAGAAUCUGGCCAUCAUAAUUUCAUGGUCUAGCGUAUCAAAGGCUGCGGACGUCAAGCAUGUGUCUUAUGUCGGAAUUGUGAAGUAAGUCGUUUAGUACCCUGACCACUGCUGUCUCUGUGCUACGGCACUUCCUAUAUACAGAUUGAAACAUUGCGUUCCAGAAGCUUUGACAGGAAGGGAAGAUUUGAUACCGGGCGAUAGUAUUUUUUUUUUAGACAUUCCGGGUCAAGACUGGAUUUCUUUAAUAAGGGCCUCACAAGUGCAUGUUUAAAUUGCUGUGGUACAAUGCCUGAAGUCGGUGAAGAGUUCACAAUGUUAGUAAUUGUGGGUACAUCUAAACAUUCAAGGAGCAAGGGAGUUGGAGUGGGAUCAUGGUCACAUGACUUAUUUGGCAUUUUUAAAAUAAUACUCUUGAAUCUUCAGAGACACGCUGAAACUCGCAAAAAGAAUUUUGAAAGAUUGGAGAGUGGUUAAGCUGUGAUGAGAGGGAUGGCAUGUCAUUUCUGAUCUGUUCAAUCUUGCCAAAGAAGAAUCUAUGGAAGGAAUCAGGGAGUUCAGAUGCUGGGAUAGAUGACGACAAACGUUCGUUAUUUGCUCCCCCUAACAUUUCACCGUUGAUCCUGAAAUAGCUCCUUUGAAGAAUUAAAAGUUUCAAUGUUUUGGAUGAAUAUGACUAGUUUUUGCGUCUCUAAUCAUGCGGUUCACCUUGGUUCUAGGAUGUAGAUUUGUCGAUGUAUCAUCAGACCUGUCUUUUGAAAUGUUCUUUCGGCAAUAAGUUUGGCAGUCUUUAUGUCCGUCAUCCGGGGUGCAGAUGACCUAACUGAGACUGUACGAGUGACAAGAGGUGUAUGGCUAUCCAGCAAUUUUUUCAAGCAAGAACUGUAAUAGAUGAGAACGUCUGUGUUGCUCUGUUGCAACAGCAAAGCGGUUAUGUCCAUUUUGAUGGAUACAAUGUCUAUGGCUUUAAGUUUACGGGAAGUCACGUUUUUCUUAGGCCUUUUUGUUUUUGGUAGGCGCAUUUCAAAGUGUACAAGAAAAUGAUCUGACAAGCCACGGUCUAAGACAUUGAGUUUGGCUAUAAGUUCACUUGCGCGAAGGAUCUUCAAUUUUAUUCUUUUCUUUAUAAUCUAAAGUCUGAUAAUUGUCUUUUCUGUUUCGUACGGGCCUUUCAAGUAGAACUUGUUUAUCUCCCUUGUUCGGCUUCAAUACUCACACCAUUUCCCCUGGUGCAAAACGUUUUUGACCUAUCCUAUAGGCGUUUCUGUUCCUGUUGCGCUGUGUCUUCAUUACCACAUGUAAUAUCAGCAGUGGUUUGUAGUCUUUGUUUGAACUAUGUAUUCAAAUAGGUUAUUAACAAUUAGUCUUGUCUUCUUUCUCGUGAGUCUUACUUUUCUUCAGAAUUGACAUUGGCCCUCUAAUUAAUACGGCGACAAUCCAUUUGUAGCAUUGGGUAUUUUUCUAAUAGCAAACAAGGCCGAGCAUAAAUAUUUGUCUCAUUCUUUAGAUCUCCCAGAACACAUUUUUCUUAAUAUACUCUUAAGUUCAGGCGUUCGACAGCUCGUUCGAGGCGGUAUGGUAUAACGAAGGCUUGAUGAUCUUAACUUUGAAUAAUUUGCAGGCUUCCAUAUAGAAACCUAAACUAAACUUAGAAGUUACUUAGAACCAUCACCACUAAGGCUCCUAUGACAGUAGUAAUUUCUAUAUUUUUUAACAUUACAGCUUCAGUUCAUCUGGAGAAUGUAUCUAUGAUAGCAUAUAUCUAAUUUUCUGUCUUUGGAAGAGGUCCUACCAAAUGUUUAGCUAUUUUCUUUGUCUCUCCAUCUUUCCUAACACUGCUUUACCUGUACUAGACACACUAAAACAGCAAGAGUCUCAAUUAACACAUUGAUUUCAUUAGUCUUCCAUUCGUCUCCUAUACUCCAGCCUCUUGUUGUAAAUCUGACCCUCUUUUACAUACAGUGCUGACUUACACACUUUCUAUGCUGUUAACUCAACCAUGUAUAAUGAAGGUCCACUGGUCAUUUCGUACACAGGCACACACACUGCACAACCAGCCCCCCAAAACACAUACACUUACUAUCACAUGACCAGCUCGACCUUGAACUUUUGCUCUUGAACACAUGUCGCAGCACUCACUUCUUAACAGCGUUAUCUACUCCUAGUCAAUACACGCUGUCUUGUUUGAUUUCCAGACAUUGCCAAAAGUGAUCUGUUCGCAUUUUCCAGAAUCAAUUUUCGUCUGCCCUUGGGCACAACUAAGGGUCCUUAUUUACAUGAGGUUCAGCAAGGGAUGUAACUCUUUUGUAAAGCCAUUUUCUCCACAAAUGUUAAUACUAGCUUCUUUAGUUACAUGUCAAGUUUGCUCUGUGGAUUUCCUCCAUAAUGGUGCCAAUGAUUUGUCUUGUGUUUAUUCAUUCUCUACAUUUCCUUUGUACCUAUGACCGGUGUUUUUACCAGGGUCUUCCCUUUCUCUGGUCUUCUACCUCUCGUCGCUACCACAGAUGACCCUUCGUAUUUCCAAUUAAUCUGCCACUAGUACAUGAAAAGGUACAACAAUGAAUCCUCCCCCCUCCCUUUUUUUUAAGGUACAGUGUAACGAGUAAUGCUUUUGCUGUUUUAUGCUUGUGAAUUUGUCCGUCUGCCGAGCACAGUGAGCAUUUAUCUGCUAAAAUAGCAUGCUUAUUUAGUGACUCUUUGACUGCUAUCACGCUGUUACCGCUGUCUCUAAGGAUGGACAUUUUCCUCUCAUUUAAUUUUCCUUCCUCAAUAUUUAAGGAUCCCGUAGACUUGUCAUUCAGGAUGAAAUGUGAAACACUUUUGGGAUUGUGGUGAAUUAAAUGACAAGUUCCUUGUAUCCCAAGCACUUGUAUUACAGCACAUUCAGCUUGACUUAAAUAGUUUCUUCUCGCUUCAUUUGUAUAUCCUCCUUGGUGUCUCUCUAGUAUCAUAAUUGAUUCUUCCAUUUUUCUCUUGGUUGUUAUUGGCCUAUUCCUCCUUCUUGCUCUAUUGUACGGUUUGUGUUAACGCGGUCUGCUGAAGUUUCUUUCAGGUUUUUUCUAUUGGUCCUUUGGUCUGCUAUAGUUCCAUGUGUUUUCAUUUGGACUGAUUUGAGACUUCUAAUUCGGCCAAUUUGUUGUUACCCGUAUUGACCUGUAGCACCAAACUGCUGCUACACAACAAAAUCAUUUUAGGCUUAACAUAUCUUAACUAAUAAACUUGAAAACAAAAAACUUGAAAAACUUUCUUGUGAACAAUUCUAAUAUAAGUAUAUUUAUAAUAUAGACAAAAUCAAGUUAAUAUGAAAUCAAAUAAAUGUAGUAGACUUUAGUAAUAAUAUUUCUUGAGAAAAUCUGGCAUCAAUAACACAACUGUUCAGUCUUGUAGUAACGUUAUAAAACACGAGAGGAAGACAUGUCGUUAUCUUAGGCUUUAUUGUACAAGAAUGACAAAACAGUUCACAAUAACACAGUGCACACACAAGCUGACCAGGACACCAGGACAUUUUGACAUAGCAGUACAGAUAAGUUCACAAUACACAACAAGAAACAUAAAUACACUACAAUCUCGUUCUGGAGUCGUCCCCUAAGACCAAGUGACGACAAUGCCACUUAUGUUGCAUCAUUCACAACCAAUCGCUAACCUCUUCCCACCGUCACCAAAUACACACAAACAUAUUCCAUACCACUAUUUACAAAUCUUCUUUCAUUGACUGCAUUGGCCUGACACUCCUGAUUUCUUAAAAAUACUUUUGUAGAGAAAAUUAUUUUUCUGUUUUCUAGAAGGUCCACUAGUACUUCUAAUGAUUUCCAGGUUCUCUGUCUAGAAUUAUCUCCCUUACUUUGUCAUUCAAAGCACUCGGUAUUGAGUCUUAAACAUUAAAUCUUCAAGCUGCUCGAAGUUUCGUUGUAUCUUAGCUGCCUCACACCAUUGCCUGAAAUUCUUGUGUAGAGCGAUGGAACAUUCUCUACCCUUUCGUGCCACCUUUUUCUACAUGCUUCUUCAGUCGUUCCAACAUAGUCUAAUAACUCCUUCUUAAUGUUAUCAUAGUCAGUGCAGUCUACCAACCUUCAAAUUGUAAAAAAAAAUGUGGCGUUAUCUUCUCUUGUAACUAUGCCACCAAUAAACAAUUUGAUAUGUUUGGCCACAAAGCACAAGCGUUACAAAGGCACUCAUUCAAACACAUAAAAGUAUACAAAUCACAUACUCAAAAUAAUCGAAAAGAAAACAAAAGAAAAGUAAUAAUGAUGUAACUGGUACAUUACAUUAUAAAUAAUAAUAACUAUAUUAAUAAUAAACCACGGUCUAUCUUUGUUAAUUUCAACAUGUUCUAUACUAUUAUGUUCAGUGACUUUUAAAAGAUGUAAAUCUCUUGAACCGUUUUCUAAUUUUUUCCUUUCUCAUCUUCUUCUACAUCACUAAUGACAGCAGCAACACGUCUUGUUGUUUGUUUUGGCUGACUGUGUCUGACCUAUCAUGAUACUUUACAAGUCUGUUUAUGUGAUAUACAUUUAGUUUGUUUCCUUUCCUAAUGGCGUAGUUCAGGUUAGAAUUUUGUUCUCCACUUUAUACGGCCCAUCCCAGUACAUGGAUAGUUUAUUUUGUCUACCGACUACCUCACCCUCAUCGUCAACUGUCCUAGCACCCUCAUGUGGGAUUCAUAUCAGUUCUUUGAUAAGUAUUUUUAGCAAAACAUUGUCUUGCCUCCUUUAGUCUUGGUAUCAACACAUGUCUUUUUCUAUUCAUUUAUUUUUUUCAGAUGUGGCUAAGAUAGGUCUAAUAUAGCCUCUUUUAUAUUGCUCUAGCUUGUUUCUAGGUCUUCUUCCUUUAUAGUAAUGAGAGAUGAUCUUUGAGAAACUGAUUUACUAUGACUUUACACUUCUCUCUUGGGCCACGCUCCUCAAAGUUAGUGAAGAGGAGGUUUUUUUUAUGCGUUAAGCUCAAUUUCUGUCGCCAGAUUCUUCAAUGCGACCAACGAGUCUUUGAGUAUCCGCAUAUUAUUAUCAUAUCCGUAAAUUUUAUCUUUGUUCUCCUGAGUUGAUUUCAUACGUGAUGCAUGAUCCUUGUCUGUUGUGUUCAUUCGUUCAGCUAGUAAGUGAAAUGUACUCACCUCCCCACUAAGGGGAUCACCUUUUGUCAUUAUGGUAUCAAUGAACGAUUGUAAUUUUGAGACACUCAAACUGUAAAGCAAUUUCUCCAAUUUUAGUUUCAUUUCCUCUUAUGGAGGAUUUCAAAUUGUCUAAGCUUUGCUACAGUAAAUUACAAAUAUCACUUGUUUGUAGUGACUGACUAGAUAUAGGUUGUUACAGAGGUUGCAUUUGUUGUAAGGGUUGUACAGUUUGCAAAUACUGACUAGCCUGUUGAGUAAAGACAUCUAAAAGAUGUUGCUGCUGAGAUUUUGAUCUUGCUAACAAUUUGACCGUCAUAUGUGGUUUGUAACGGGUUUGGAGGCUGCUUUUUGUUAUCCUCGUGGAAAUUUGUUGUGAUUACAAGGACUCUUUUCUCAUAUAAAAACAACACAACAGAAACAUUCACAUAAAUAGAACAGACACAAUACAAAAAGUUUAUUGAGCGACUACAGACAGACAUCUUGAUCCUUUUCAUGUUUCCUGAUCAACGAGUGAUAUAGUCUGACAGAAUAAGGAACAAACGAGUUUUUGUACCGCUCGGUUCUAGCGUCCUUGUCCUUCCGAAUAACAUCUGAGCCACCAUGUUAAGAUAGAUACUUGUAAUGAAAUGACAACACUUUCAUAUUGUCAGGGAGAGGUAUGGCGAGAAUGAAUGUUAGUUUGAUAUUUUGGUAUGAUUGUUAUAUCCCCUUGUUAUGAAUGCGAAGUGUUGCACGUGUUGUGAACUGAGUGAUUAAGUCUAUGUUGAAUGUGCGAGAGAAUGUUUUAGUCAGUAAGGUCUUGCUCCCGGUCCAGGAAGGUUGGACGUUUACUUCCUGGACUGGUAUUUAUGUAUUUAUAAGUUGAUGGACUGGUGUUUUGUUUAUUAAUAUUUACUUGAGCAAUAUUGGAUAUUAAAAUAUUGAUAUAUUCUUGGAGAUUUGGAGUUGGAGUUGAUGUGUAGGCUAUCUAGUGGUAACUGUUCUUAUUUGAGUAAUUAAACAAGUAUUGUUAAGUGUUAUUGAGGAUUCAUACCCCCUAACGAGCCAAGUCAAGAAAUACACCAACCAAGAGAGACAAGCAGCAAGCAGCAGUACAUAUAUAUAAAUUAGAACUCUGACACAUAUAAUAAGUAGAUUCUUUAAUUAGACAUCUUGGCUCACAGAAUAGUAUUCCAUAUGAAUAGGCACAACUCUUCCUACUAUAUACAAUAUCUACAAUAUUAUGAUUAUGUGAGUUACUGAAAGGGACGUAACAUUCCAUCAACAAAAGCUAUUAAGUUUGUAUAGGAAAAAUAGCCGCUGGGCCGUUUUCUUUGUCAGAGUUUCAUGGUGGUCUUCCCACGAAAGCUUGUUAUUAACAAUGACGCCUAGAUAUUUAUAUGACUUCACUUGUUGUAUCGAUGUAGUGUUUAUCUGCAGUUCAUGUAUCAUUUGUUUAUUCUUCUAGGGCAGUAUUGCCCUGGCAAUUAGUAAAAGGCGUAUCAAAGAUCUGAGAGUUGACAAUUGGAACUUUUCUUGUUUCUUUAGAAUGUUGCUAAAGGCCUGAUCAAGCUGUUUUCUUGUUUCUUUACAAUGUUGCUAAAGGCCUUGUCAAGCUGUUUUCUUGUUUCUUUAGAAUGUUGCUAAAGGCCUUGUCAAGCUGUUUUCUUGGUUGUGAUUUGUUGAUGCUAACAAAGUAUUUCUAAAAGAUUUCUGAAACGUUUACUGCUAUUAGCUCCUUGGAGCCUCUAAUGGAUUGGGGCGUUACUAUUUGUUAGCUGUCCUGUUAGCUGGCAACGGAGGGUCCAGGCCUUUCGACCAUCCUUGUUUAGGUCUAGUUGCUCACAUAUUGUGAUCCACAUUGUAUUUUUUUCUGUUUUGAUUUUGUACCUAAUAAACUUAGUUAAUUAGUUUGUAGUUUGUCUUAUUUUCUCUAGUAGGGUUUCUCUCUACAGGCUUCCGGGCUAUAUGUGUGAGCAGGUCAGGAGGCGCUGGAGACCUUUUCUCUGCUCAACAUUAAAUUUUAUACAGUAGGCAGAUGUUAACACUACUGGGUGGGCUCAAUCCGUGACACCUCAGUCUACGACCAAGGGGCUAGAGUCGCCUAAGUAACCAGACAACUAGACUAAACUAAACUAACUAAAAGAAAGAAACAAACUUUAAUUCAAAUUAAAUACUAAAAAUGAAACUUUAUUUACAUAAAAAUCAUAAAAAUAAAUCAAUAAUAAUAUAUAUAUAUAUACACUAACCACUACAACUGAACCCAGCAUCUAACUAAAACCCUCUAAAUCUACGCCACUACAAACACCAACAAACUAACCAAACCAACUAUCUAACACAAACUAAUCAAACCAACUACUAUCUAACUAAAUCACUACAACUACUACACUAGACCUAGAUCUACACUAACACUAAAACAAGAACACCUUAGUUACUAGUUCCUUACUAUUAGUAUUCCCUAAGAGCCGACUAAGUACUAAGUCUAAGGCAACUCUACAGAAACAAAAUAACACUAGAAUCUAGAUCUACAGCAGCAGCUUAAAGCAGCAAUAUUAGAUACAGCAGCAUGUAUUUCAGCAGUAAUAAUAGCCUGCAAUACAUAAAUGCAAAAUCAUAAAUACAAAAUCAUAUAUUCUAUUAGAUCUAGAACACUCAAAGCACGCCUGAUGGGCGCCGCCAUCUUUAAAUCAACAUGCUCAAAACAUAAACUGCCAACUAGAAAAUAAAACUAAAUUAAAAUAUAUCUAGCAUAUUUACACACAGUGUGCCAUAGAUCUAGAAAAGAAAAUAUAAAAUAGUUACAAACUUACAGGCCGUCACAGGUACAGAAUAAUAAAAUUACACGACAGACCACAAAGAUCUUCCGCUGUCACCCAGACAGAGAUAUGGUACUGACCACUGGUCAAAUGUACACUCAACUGUUUUAAGACAGCAUGUACAUUACUUUUUAUACUAUCCCGCACUAACCUAUAUAAAAAUAUGCGGAAGUACAAUUAUAAAAUCUGACACUAAAACCUAUAAAAAGGAAUAUAGAGAACAGCUAUAACCUAUGAAAAUACACAUAAAAAAUAGCUCUGGGAGCGCAAGCUCACAUAUGACUUUCUUGUAUUAGUUUGUCUAAAUUUAAUGUCUUGAAAGGUUAGUAUUUCCUAACGUGGCCUCCAGGGAUAUGCACAGGGAUAUUCUUUUUCGCUGCUGCUAAGAUGUUUGACAUUCUAAUGCUUAUAGAUAGCUGCGGAGGUUGUUUUUGCAUUAGUUUCAGUUAUCUUUGAUAGCCGUAUGUCUGGUUUUUUUUUUUUUUUUUGUGCAAAGGCUGCCCUAUGGGCUUUUUAUAAUUCCAACUAGCUGUUUGCGUGGUUGGUAUCUACCUGGUCUUCCUAUGUAAUAUUAAGAAGUAUAGGCUUGUGGUCACUACCUAUGUCUUCAAGAACUGUGAGUUUAGAAAUGUUGAUAAUAUAAAAAAGGUCAAUUCUGCUGAUUGUGUUGUCUGCUCUAUGGAGAAUUGUUGAAGGUGAAGUUUUGUUUUGUAGAACUUGUAAGUUACAGGCAUUUGUUAUAUCCUCUAUUUCUUCACAACGCUUGUUCAAGUAUGGGUAUCCGAGGGAGGGUGUGUGUGGGCAUUACAGACACCAGCUAUUAUUGUCCUUGUGUAAUGUGGUAGUUGUAUAUUUAUUUGUGCUGUUGAAGAUGAUGGGCAAUAGAAGUUUUUGAUGGUGUAUUUAGUUCGUACUCUCCAAAAAAAGUAUUUCUUGCAUAUCAAUGUAUUGUUCUGUCCUAAUGAGAGUCGAAAUUCUCUGACAUUUGCUGUGAAGUCACCUGUAUAAUGUGUAGUCUCUCACGAUAUGACUGGUAUUAUAUCAAAUAACAGUCAUAGAAUAUAAGUAGGCCCUAUUAAAAUGAAAGAAUAACAGCAUACACACAAAAUGACACAGGGUACAUAUAUCAAAAGUAAAAUGACAUGCAAUAAUUAAAAAUAAAAAUAAAUGCAUUUCAAAGGAGGUCUAAGCCUGUACUUCGACAAUUUUCUAUUCGGCUUCAAUCUUAAAUCUUUUUGGUUAGGAAUGUUCAGUUUGUUUGUUUCAUGAGUACAUUGGACAGUACUCCCACUUGAUAUAAAGAUAGAAAAGUUGUUAAAAUCAUUCUGUCAAUAUUUUAUAAUAUUUUCCAUCCAAGAACUCCGAAGCAGCCUAAAAAAAAAAGAGUGAAAAAAAAUCUUGUGGCGUUGUCCAACAUAAGCCUAUGAAGCACCUUUCUAAAGGUGUGAAGGAACAUUUCAUGACAGCUCACAUCCUUUUCUGAACACAACUAAGCAAAUAAUUGCUUUUUCUAUGUAUGGCUUCCGAUUCUGUUAACUGCAUUCAUAACAAAUUGAAGCGAUUCAUGCAAUGCGAUUUUUAGCAGCUAAAUCUUGCCAAUAGAUAAUGCAGUGUUUAAAAUCCACUGUAGCCCUCAGCCAUGGCAAGCAUCUGUUGCUAUGUUUGAUAAAGAAAUUGCUUUUUCUAAAAAAUAAAAAAAAAGUUAUCAAAACUUAAAUAUUGAUUAGAUGGAUUAGUGUCUUUGUCAAAGUUCUUUCAAAGAGCAGUCAUUUCUUGAUUUUGUGAUCUAGUAAUAAAACAAACUUAUGCCAAUUAUAAUGCUUCAUUACCAGUUAAGUUUGACUCUUCCAGCUAUAUAAAAAAAUAUGCCAUUUGCAAAUAAUAAUAUAAGAAGCUUUCAGUGUCAUAACGCAUCUCAUCAAUAUUCCUGUGAGCUGUUUUAAAGGAGUUAUUUUAAUGAUGUAGAUCCAGGCAUGUUUUAGACAGUUUUUAAAACUUCUACAACAGCUGGCAAAACAACCUUUUGUGAAUCUCUUUUUUUAUGUUAAAUAAACGUGGGUCUAUUCUGAACUUUAUUUUUGGAGAGUUUGAAAGCAUUUUAAAUCUGCCACUAUUUGAUCAGUGUGUUAUGUCUCAUGAUCCACGAGCUUAGAUGGUUUCAUAAUGGAAUUGUUUGGUUUCAUAAUGGAAUUGUUUGGUCUCAUAAUGGAAUUGUUUGGUUUCAUAAUGGAAUUGUUUGGUUUCAUAAUGGAAUUGUUUGGUUUCAUAAUGGAAUUGUUUGGUUUCAUAAUGGAAUUGUUUGGUUUCAUAAUGGAAUUGUUUGGUUUCAUAAUGGAAUUGUUUGGUUUCAUAAUGGAAUUGUUUGGUUUCAUAAUGGAAUUGUUUGGUUUCAUAAUGGAAUUGUUUGGUUUCAUAAUGGAAUUGCUUGGUUUCAUAAUGGAAUUGUUUGGUUUCAUAAUGGAAUUGCUUGGUUUCAUAAUGGAAUUGUUUGGUUUCAUAAUGGAAUUGUUUGGUUUCAUAAUGGAAUUGCUUGGUUUCAUAAUGGAAUUGCUUGGUUUCAUAAUGGAAUUGCUUGGUUUCAUAAUGGAAUUGCUUGGUUUCAUAAUGAAAUUGCUUGGUUUCAUAAUGGAAUUGCUUGGUUUCAUUAAAUGCUCUGUAAUGAAAUAACAAAUAUUAGAAAACUACCAUCUUGUCUUUAUUCAACAAGAUUAGGCUACAGUAAACAGAGAACGAAUACAAACAGGUCUUAAAUGACACUGUUGAAGUAUUAUAAACACGCACUGGACUUGACCUUCUGACACACUGGACACUCGCAGAAAAUCAACCACUCUGUUACACUACAUGCACAUAGGCAACUGUUGG